AUGGAAGUGGAAAAUAUCAACGUAGAUGAGUUUCUGCCUGCGAAAAAUCCGAUUAAAUUGAAACGAUGUGCCGUUUCGGAGGCUGGUGAUGGUAUGGAAGUUGAGCAGCACAAUGGCAUCGAAGGCAAGUCUCAACACAGGCGUCCGAGAGCUAAAAGACCUAAAAAAAGUGCUGAACCUAAUGAGAGCAAAGUUAAUAUGAGAAAAGUAGCUGUACCUGCUCACAGAUACACACCAUUAAAAGAAAAUUGGUUAAAAAUAUUUACUCCAAUAGUUGAACAUUUGUUGCUUCAAGUGAGGUUCAAUACUAAGACAAGAAAUGUAGAAAUCAAAAUAGGACCAGAAACAAAGGAUAUAGCGAAUUUACAAAAAGCGGCUGAUUUUGUCAAGGCUUUUGUUUGUGGUUUUGAAGUUGAUGAUGCUUUAGCAUUGCUGAGAUUAGAUGAUUUAUUUGUGGAGACAUUUGAAAUUAAGGAUGUAAAAACAUUACAAGGUGAUCAUUUGGGAAGAGCUAUUGGCAGAUUAGCAGGAAAGGCUGGUCGUACCAAAUUUACCAUAGAGAAUGUCACCAAAACCAGGAUAGUGUUAGCAGAUUCAAAAAUACACAUCCUUGGGAGUUAUCAAAACAUAGCUUUAGCUAGAAGAGCUAUAUGUAAUCUCAUUAUGGGUUCUCCGCCUUCAAAAGUAUAUGGCAAUUUGAGGAAUGUAGCAAAAAGAGUUGCAGAGAGGUUUUAA